GGGUAUCCAAACGUUAGACUAAAAUGGUCAAAGCACUUCACAUAACCAUCAUGCUCUUCCUCGUAGCCUCCAAUCUCCUCGCAUUUAUCAAUUCCGCUAGACUUCUCGACCAGAUUCAACCUCAGCCUGAAGAAGUUGACGAAACGGGCGAUAUCCCACCACCAGCAACCACAACUACAUCAGCAUUCACGGUCCCGGCCGGUCCAGCAGGAGCUACUACAACGAGUGAACAUGAGCCAUCACUAGAGUUCUUUAUGCAUGACGUGCUAGGAGGGUCACACCCAUCAGCUCGUGUAGUGACCGGCAUAGUAGCUCAAACCGAGGUGAACGGCAUACCAUUCUCAAAGGCCAGCAACAGCAUCUUCCCAGUAGACAACGGAGUCCCACUGGUCAACUCAAACAACAUCAACAGUGUCAUCAACCCAAACACAGCUCCACUUCUCACCGGACUUAGCGGCGCUCAAACCAGCACCGUGAUCCAAAACACCAACGGAAAUACCAACGAUGCCCUCAGCUCCAACAGCCUCCCCUUCGUAACCGCAGGAAACCUCCCUCCCGGUGCUGCACUCCAGCAUCUUAUGUUCGGAACCAUAACCGUUGUGGACGAUGAGCUAACCGAAAGCCACGAGCUCGGCUCAGGUGUUAUAGGGAAAGCUCAGGGGUUUUACCUAGCCAGUUCCUUGGAUGGGACUAGCCAGACUCUUUCUUUAACCGUGUUGUUAGACAGAGAGCAUGACCAUCAUGACACUUUAGACGAUGCCAUUAGCUUCUUUGGGGUUCACAGGACCGCCUCUCACGCCUCUCAGAUAGCGGUUAUUGGCGGGACAGGGAAGUUUGAGCAUGCUAAAGGGUAUGCCAUAGUGGAAACUCUGCAUAACCAGAACAACCAGCAUAUCACUGAUGGUCAAGACACCAUCCUCCAUUUCAGUGUAUACCUCACCUACAAAGCUUGA